AUGGGAGACUCAUCACUUGUUCUUGGCUUUGCUGCCACUGUUCUGGCCAUACUUGUGGUCCAUCAGCUACUCCAGGUAAAGAAAAACAUCAACCGUCAACCCCUCCCACCCGGGCCAAAAGGACUUCCUAUUGUUGGUAACAUCCGAGAUCUUCCUCAGCCAACACAGUUCGGGGCACGCCAUUGGCAAAAACACAAAGAUUUAUAUGGUCCCAUCAGUUCCGUGACGGUGUUCGGAAAGACAUUGGUCAUCAUCAACGAUCCCGAAAUCGCUUUCGAACUUCUUGACAAACGAUCGUCCGAAUUUUCCUCGAGACCAUCCACCGUCUUCUCAGGUCAACUUGUGGGUUGGGAACACGCAACCGGAGGUUUAAAGUACGAUGACACACUACGGCUUCACCGCAAGGUCUUUUCCCGCGAACUCGGUACCAAAACUGCCGCGGCCUAUUACAACACCUUGCAAGAGGCAGAGGUCGGCCACUUCCUCUUGCACCUCCUCGACAGCCCAGAAAAGCUCACCGAGCAUAUCGCUAAAGAAGCCGGUUCGGUCAUCCUCAGCAUCGCUUAUGGCUACAACACGGAUCAGUUCAAAACAGACCGAUUGCUUCAGAUGAUGAAUGAUGCAAUGGAGCACUUUGCGUAUUCAGCUGCACCGGGAGCCUUUCUUGUCGAUAUCUUUCCCCUACUUCGCUAUGUUCCCGAAUGGUUCCCAGGCGCCGGUUGGAAGAAGCUUGCCAAUAAAUGGGCCGCCGAGUUAAGACAGACCGUCGAGGUUCCUUACCAAUUCGUCAAAGAUCAGAUGGACGCGGGCAAGAGCAAUCCCUCAUACCUUUCACGCGCCAUCGAGAGCAACCCAGAGGACUUGUACAAUAACAAGUGGACCGCAGCAUCACUUUUCAGUGGCGGUGCGGAUACGAGUGUGGCAGCAAUCGCUGCGUUCUUCCUUGCCAUGACGAAGUUCCCGGACGUACAGAAGAAGGCACAGGAAGAAAUCGAUCGAGUGAUUGGCAGUCAGCGCUUGCCAAAUGUUCAUGACCGGGAAAAUCUCCCGUAUAUCGAGGCUGUUGUGAUGGAGGUCCUGCGAUGGCAUCCCAUUGGACCCAUGGGUCUCCCGCAUGCAAGCUCAGAGGAUGCUGUCUAUGGUGGCUACCGAAUUCCGAAGGACUCAUACUUGAUGCCCAACAUCUGGUGGUUUACCCACGACCCUGACGUUUAUUCUGAUCCCUUCGAAUUCCGACCGGAAAGAUUCCUGCAGAGCGAGCCAGAGACUGACCCACGCAAAUUCGCAUUUGGCUUCGGCCGGCGCGUUUGCUCUGGGAAGAUGCUCGCGGAGACGUCUAUGUAUCUUAACUUUGCGCAAUCUCUGGCCGUCUUCAAUAUCAACAAGCCUAUUGACGAUGACAACGUGGUAGAGCCGGGAAUGAUGUUCCUCCCAGGUAUCAUCAGCCACCCGGCACCCUUCAAAGUUUCAAUCACGCCGAGGUCGCCGCAUCACGAGAGGUUGAUCAGAUCGAUCGAAGAGAAGUUUCCGUGGAAGGAAUCAGACGCCAAAGACUUGCAAUUUUAA